UCAUUUGUUGAUUCAAGUAGAAGAAAUUCAGUCAAUUUGAACAACUGUGAUGCUUGACACUACUACUAGCCUUUCUUUCAAGAAUCUUUUACAACAACUUAAAACACCAGAGCCCAGAGGUUCGGAUAUUAAAACGGGGGGUUUGACAUCUCCUGGGUCAACAGUCUUUUUUUCGCCUCGACCCGUUAGUGAAGUCAAUGCUGCUGCUACUAGAGUUCAGAAAGUAUACAAAAGUUAUCGAACACGAAGGAAUCUAGCCGAUUGUGCUGUUGUUAUUGAGGAGCUCUGGUGGAAGGCUUUGGAUUUUGCAGCCUUGGACCACAGUUCGGUUUCAUUUUUCAAUGUUGAAAAACCAGAAACCGCGACUUCACGGUGGGCCAGGGCUCGGACUAGAGCGGCUAAAGUGGGAAAGGGUCUAUCCAAGAACGAAAAAGCUCAGAAAUUGGCCUUGCAACAUUGGCUUGAAGCUAUUGACCCCCGCCAUCGUUAUGGCCAUAAUCUGAACAUAUACUAUGAUCUCUGGUUUGGAAGUGAAAGCAGUCAACCUUUCUUCUAUUGGUUGGAUGUUGGAGAUGGGAAAGAAAUAAAUCUUGAAAAGUGUUCGAGGGCCCGUCUACAACAACAGUGCAUCAAAUAUUUAGGCCCCAACGAACGGGAAUCAUACAAAGUGAUAGUUGAAAAUGGGAAGCUUAUUUAUAGACAAAGUGGUUUGCUUUUGGAAACUCUUGAGGGUUCUAAAUGGAUCUUUGUUCUAGACACAUCGAAAAAUUUAUACGUUGGCCAAAAAAAGAAAGGUUUGUUUCAACAUUCAAGUUUUCUAGCCGGUGGUGCCACCACUGCUGCUGGAAGAUUGGUGGCCCAUGGUGGCAUUCUUGAGGCUAUCUGGCCUUACAGUGGUCACUACCUCCCAACUGAAGAAAACUUUAGGGACUUCAUCUACUUCUUGGAGGAAAACAAUGUUGAUCUCACGAAUGUUAAGAGAUGCUCGGUUGAUGACGAUGACAUGGGCUUUUCAUUUAAGGUCACCCAACCCGAAACGAGGCCUAAACCAUUAGUCAUUCCACGUACAAGACCACAAGACAUUUUACGUUCGCCUACCAAUGCAAAAUGUGCAAUCACACCCACCUUUAUUCAAGGAAUAAACGCAGCUCCCAUUUCAGCCCGUUUCCAAGAACCUAACCACUAUUCUAGCAAAUGGACCUCAGGAACUGGUCCACGUAUUGGCAUUGUUCGGGAUUACCCAACUGAGCUCCAAUUCCGUGCGCUUGAACAAGUUAACUUAUCUCCUCGUAUUGCCCAAGGGAGCUUCGGGCCAAUCCCAUCACCCAGACCGUGCCCGAACGUUAGGCUCUCUCCGAGGAUUUCAUACAUGGGUCUGCCUAGUCCCAGGACCCCAAUCACUGCUAAACUAAUUUAAACUUUUUUAGUUAAGUUUUGACUUUUGACUCUUUUUUAUAGAGUAGGAGACUUUUACUUUACAAAGUAAAAGGCCAAACUGCAUAUAUCAAGUUGGAGUAUAAAGGA